AGAGAGAGAGAGAGAGAGAGAGAGAGGGAGAGGGGCAGCGGGUUGGUGCUGAUAAGCAAGGGCGACAGGGUGCGUGCAGUAUUAACGGGGUCCUUUUUUUAAAAAAAAAAAAAAAUAAUUCAAAGGAAUAAUAUUUUUCUUGUUGCACACGUUUUGAGUUUCGAGCUGGAUCCGUUUUCUUUCUUUCGUGCUUCGUAGUUUCAGUAUUCUGUAACACUUGGAAGAAAACGACGACAAUGUCUUCUGGUUGUCAAAAGACGUUUAGCAGAGCGAUCCCGACCCGACGGGUUACCGUGGAGGACGCGUCGAAGAUGCCGCAGGAGUACUCGACCACGCCGGGAGGAACCCUGUUCAGUACCACUCCGGGAGGUACCCGGAUUAUUUACGAUAGGAAGUUCCUGAUGGAGUGCCGCAAUUCACCCGUGGCCAGAACGCCUCCCCGCUACCUUCCCAGCAUUCCAGGAGUCACCAGCCCCAACGCCGGGGAGGACAAGCCCCAAACCACCAGCCACGAAACCAACCAUGUGGACAAGACUGCUGCCGGUGACGAUUCCCUGUUUGAGAUGGAUAUUUAAGAUGCACCCAGGAAGAGGAUCCAAAAGAAAAUGAGAAGAAGAAAGAGGAGGAGGAGGAGGAGGUCA